AUGGCGCCUCCUUCCUGUGUCCAUCCGACUGUAAAUUCUGACAACGAGCAAGCUCAUAUUAAAAUAGAUACAUCAACUUCUCCUUUGCAAGCGACCUUUACCGCCCUCCCUGCAGAAAUUCUCCAGCGAAUCCUCUAUUUCGCCAGUACGCCUACCUUCUUCCAACUCAUACUAGUGAAUCGGCAGCUCUUCAAUGUAGCAGCGGAAUCACGAGAGGUUAUUCUUCACCAUUUGCGACACUUGCCAGGUUUAAAACUUGGACUCAGCGACCAUUGCAUCACCACAUCCGAACUAUUCCUGAUUUUACGUCAGCGCGCUGCCACUAACCUCUACGGCACAAACUUCACUGCCGACUGCAAGAGCUGUGCUUUUUCGAAUGAUGUGCUACCUAAUUCUCACGCUUCUAGCCUCGAAAUAGGGGCAGAUGGCUACCCUCAGCUGUCUAUGGUCGUCAAGAACGACCCGUCCAUCCAUCUAUACACGAAAUAUGGCUCGUACCGCGAAACGAUUGAAUCUCCAUAUGCAGAUGGCGAGGCAAACAUUGUCCAAGUCGUCCAGAAUGACGGCAUAAUCUCUGUGCUCUAUGCAUGGACACCACCUGAGCAGGACCUUGCCAGUAGGAUUGAUGAUCACGAGCCCACCAUCAGAGGGUCCACUAAAAGCAUCCUGACCAUGUCCCAUCAUUCUUAUCGCCGUGGGUUGCCCUUGACUAUAAGGAUGAAUCCGACUUCGGCUUCAAAGUCUGCACGGUCUGUUAGAUAUCAUCUACUCCACUACAAUAUGUAUACGAACGACCCGCCAAUUUUCUUCCACAUCCCAACGCAUAGAUCUCUACGCAACACUCUUCUGGCUCCUGUCCACCUUGCCAUUUACAGCCGAAUUUUAUGUGCUAUCAUCUGGGACGAGCCGAACGUCAUGCGACCGACAGCCCGUGCCUCAGUCGUACUCUACAGCGCUGAUCGCCUACCACGGAGGGAGGAAGGCAUAUACUCUGCCUUUGUAGUGUAUCCUUUCGAUCACCCGGCUAAAAUCUUCAGCACUGGUGUCAAAAGCGUACUCACCAAGGAUAAGGACCACAACACUAAUGAUGAUGAUGAUGAUGGUAGUGGUGAGCAACUCUGGACAGCUACGAAUCCUAAAGAGGCAACGCACGACUGUGACCUCCGACUGAGCGACACACGACACAGGCCACGGGCAGUCUCAUUCUUUAAGGAUGGCCGCCGACUAGCCCUUUACGCACCGGGCUCUAGCGUACCUUACAUGACACUGCUUGCCAACGAGGUCUUGAGACACCAGCUGACCCCAAGCAUCGGGACUCGGCAACUACUACACCUGGAGCCCGGUGUGUCAUCACUAUCGAGCUUGAUGGAACGACGAGAAGAGCGAUUCCACCUUCUACGCAUCAGCGCAAGUGACACCAAUGCCACGACUAUCAAUGGACUAGGAUUCCACAUAUCACUACCAUUCUUCAGCAGGCACGACAGCAUGUUCGCGCAUACCGGGAACGGAUUGGACGAUUUCUGUAUAACAGACGACCUGUGCAUUGGCAUCACGAAGGUCCCGGACGUGAUGGUCUUCUCAGAGCGACUAUCCCGGCACACAGUUGACGUGCCCGGCCCUCCGGUCCUCACCAUCGUGCAGAUCCGCCGACGCAAGACUUAUGAUUCUUGCACGCACAUUGAAACCAAGGAUGAUCUGCCGCCCUUACCACCUCCGCCUCGACCGCCGCUGCCUAGGACCGCCAUAACAGAAACGGAACAGCUCCCCCAGCAAACACAAACUGCGCCUACUAACGAUCAUGAUAUCGGCCACCCAUCCAACGUAGCGAAUCACGCCGUUGACCCGGACCAAGAUCAUCAGCAUCAACUUGAAAUUCUAUCAGUGACAGAAGAGAUCGUCGCUUUUCCGCGAAACAUCGCGGGCACGGAUCUGCGAGUUGUUGCCAGGCUCUGGGGAUGGGCGCCUCAGAGCACAACACUGACAGGCUUGGAUACGGUAAGUGUGUCACCAAAUGGUCAGCGGAUUGCGGUAGCGCAGUGGGAUCGAGUACUUAUCUACGCGCUUGACCCUGCUGCUCUGUGUGAACCGCCGUUUGACCAAGAUAUUGCCCAUGACGGUAGCAGUGACGGAACCAUUUCUGAGGCUGGAACUGAUUGGGCCAGCGUCACUGAUAGUGGCAGUGAUGAUGGCAAUGAUAGCGAUGCUGGGUCGAACGUAAUAGUUCUCCAUUCCCCAGAAACUUCAUCAAAUAUUGCCAAUACCCAUGCCGUGAGCAACGACAGCAACAGCGGACAUGAUAUCAUGCUCACCAACAACAAUCCCAGCAACAACACAACUGAUGAAAACGAAGAUGAACAAAGCCUGAACUCCACUCAGCCGCCGCCUUCUGAUCCUGACAAUCCACCACCAGUACCAUCCACUACACAAGCACCAGAACAAGAGCAACCAAUGUCACCGGCGGUUCCCGAACCGCCAUUAUCCACAUUCCCCUCGCUCCACCCUACAGCAGGUGGUUCCAAAAGCCUAGCGUCAUCGUCGGGGGGAAGCUCUUCAAGCUCCACUUCUUCGGAAGGCCUUCUGAAGUUCUACCCUCGCACAUUCAGUGGAUUCUUGGGAGUGAAGGUGGUAGAAUUACGUCCUAUAGUCCUGAAAAUGGAAGGCGGUGCAGUAGUAAGGAAAAUGGCUUGGGCCCUGAGUUGUGGCUCUGGCGAAACUUAUGGCAAUAGCGAUAGUGAUGAAGGGGACGAGGAGCAACAGCAGAGCCCUGACAGCGAAGCAGCGGAGUACCAAGAAGAGGGAACAGAGGAGGUGUUACUGGAUGAGAAGAACUAUGACGGAGACACAGACGCUGGCAGAGUUUCAGCAGCAGAUGGUCAGAUCGAGGCGGAAGGAAUCCACACCGGGCAACAGAGUCAAGAUAUCCAGAAGAACGCGCAACCACAGCUGGCAAACACAACCGCCAAGCAUCAGCAUGCAAACGCAGGACCCGGAUCAUCUGUUGCUCCAACAGCAACGAAGCCUCUUCCUGGUGAGAAGGACAGAGAUAUAAGCCCAACAGCCACAACCACAGCCGCAAUUUCAAACACUAGAGACCUACCACCUCAGGCCUCCCUGGAAAGGGUACAAUCCCCAUCCAGUCCUGGACUGACACCAGCAUCGAGACUACAGAUCUCCGACUCAGAAUUACUGCAUCAAAUUAAAUUCGUGAAGCGGCCGCCGGAAUAUACCAUGGCGUUGGGUGGUGGCGAUUUUGUCACUAAUACCGUCAUUGGAAUGAACGAGGUGUAUGGUCCACUUUCUCCUUCUACUUCGUCUACGCAGGAUAAAGGUGGCGGAGGUAAGAAACCAGAGAUUGUUAUCAUUGAUAAUAGUACUAACACGACAACACUCGACACCAUUGGCGGCGGCGUUGCAGUGGACAAACAACAGCCCGACGACGACAAUGACAAGGCUAAUGCUACUACUACCACCAUCACCACCGAGGAGAGACCCUCGAGCCCGUCACAUUCACACACAUCUUCAACCCAACAUCGUGUUCCGUCGGUGGUAAGUUCUAUCACAGAGCGGCCGAGGCGGAAACCCAAGCGCCGCAAGAAGGUCAUGGAGAAUGAAAUAGUCAUCAUGACGGAUCGGGAUGUCCAGGUUUGGGAUCUUGGUGUUUGGGGCAGGGCGAGGCGUGUGCAGGGCGAGUUCGUCAGGCCACCAGCUUCGUCAUGGUGA